UUGAAAGGGCGCGUUUGGAAGAUAGAAGAAGCUGAUGAUUUAUUGCAAAGGCUUAAUCUUACAAACAAAGCACACGUUUAUGGUCAAUAUUUGUCAGGUGGUCAAAAGCGCAAACUGUCGUUAGCAAUCGCUUUAAUUGGCGGCUCAGAGCUGGUGAUGUUAGACGAGCCGACAUCUGGAAUGGAUCCGGAUGCCCGACAUGAAACAUGGACAUUACUGCAGAAUGAGAAGAAAUUGCGGACAAUAUUGCUCUCUACACAUUACAUGGAUGAAGCAGAUAUUUUAGGCGAUCGAAUAACAAUAAUGGCCUAUGGCAGGCUGGAAUGCAGUGGAAGCGGACUAUUUCUAAAAAAGAAAUUCGGUGCUGGAUACCAUUUGACAGUGCUGUUCCGGAAGAAAAAUGAAAUAAAGGAAUUCGAAGAAAAUGUGACGCAUACCCUGGCCCUACUGCAGCGUUACUGUUCAAACGCAUAUAUACAAUCUUCGAAUGGUUUUGAAGUCAGCUUUUUACUCUCUGCUGAAGAUCGCCAUAAGUAA